AUGGGCGAGCCGGGCGCCGCGCUGGUGGACUGUCACUGCCACCUCUGCGCCCCGGAGUUUGGCCGCGACCUGGACGACGUUCUGCAGAAAGCCAAGCAGGCCAAUGUGAAGGCCCUCGUGGUGGUUGCUGAACACGCUGGAGAGUUUGAGAAGAUCAUGCGGCUUUCGGAACGGUAUGACGGGUUUGUCCUGCCGUGCCUCGGUGUCCACCCCAUCCAGGGCCUAUCCCCAGCAGGCCAGAGAAGUGUCACUCUGAAGGAUUUGGAUGUAGCAUUGCCCAUUAUCGAAAAAUAUAAGGAUCGAUUGUUGGCAAUCGGAGAGGUUGGACUCGAUUUUUCCCCCAGGUUGGCCAGCACUGAGGAGCAGAAGGAAGAGCAGAGACAAGUGUUCAUCAGACAGAUCCAACUGGCCAAGAGACUCGGUUUGCCCUUGAAUGUGCAUUCCCGCUCGGCCGGACGACCCGCCAUCAGCCUCCUAAAGGAACAAGGUGCCGACCAAGUGCUUUUGCACGCAUUUGAUGGGCGGCCGUCGGUAGCCAUGGACGGGGUCCAGGCUGGCUUCUUCUUCUCCAUCCCUCCCUCCAUCAUCAGAAGUGGACAGAAGCAGAAGCUUGUCAAACAGUUGCCUUUAUCUUCAAUUUGCUUAGAAACAGAUUCUCCUGCACUCGGACCCGAGAAACAGGUGCGGAAUGAGCCCUGCAAUGCCUGGGCUGCUGCCGAGUACAUCGCGCAGGUCAAGGGCCUCCGCGUGGAGGACGUUGUGGCUGCCACCACGCAGAACGCACUGAGACUCUUCCCCAGGCUGCAGUCCCUGCUCCAGAAAUAGCUUCGGACCCUGUGCAGGCAAGCCUGGCCCAGGUUCUGUUCUUGACCCCUCACAGUGCCCAGCGCUGCUCAGGACCUGCCCCCCAAACCGAAGGAACCACGGUCCCAUGCGAACCCCCCAGUGGCAGCAGCAGCAUGAGGAGGAGGGGUCUGCUCCAGGCCCCCUGACAGGGUCCAUAGAGCUGGCGAGAGAAUGGGGUGAAGGACAUGGUACUUCCAUCCUGCAGCUAUCCCGGAUCUGGCCCCAGGGUGGCCGAAUGCCCGCACUCCAGAGAGAAGGCCACCACGCCAUGCUGAUUUCUCCAGGCAUGAGUUCCAGCCACUGCUGCUCUCACUGCGGGGUCGGGCAGGAGAGGGGACACCCCACUGCUGUCCCUUGGCCCACUGGACAGCAGCUCCUGUCAGGGUGGCUUCAGAGGGCGAGGGGAGGAUGCCAGUUGGGGUUCCUAGCGGGCACAGAGCUGUUUCUUCCCGAGUGGGGUCAGUGAAGGGACGUUCAGCACCCCCUCCCCCCAGCCCAGGGUCAGCUGUGGAACACUCAGGAACCUUCCUUCCCAGUUUGUACAGCUGCAGAUUCUUUGUCUUUAAGAGAAAAGGGCACAAACUUGUAUAUUGGUCUCAGAUAUUUCCUCUUAGAGAUUAGUGGCUUAUACUGUUGCCUUUGAGUCCUAAACCCAAAGCUUCAUGAUGGAUCUUAAGGUUUGUUUUAAUUCUGCUACUUUAAAGAUGUUUAUUAAAAAUGUAUCUG